AUGGGUGCACAACAUUUAUUUUCCUGGCGGUCCCAGACGACUCCCGCCAGAACCACCGAUACGGCGGCCACCGACGAAGAACCACCUGCGGACGUCGAUGAACCACCAGAUAAUCGCUCUUCACUAGAGCAACAACAGUUACAGCCUGGUUUUCAAAAAUCUACCAUACACGGAAGGUCAGAGAGAAAGGAAUCUCUCCUGACCAAGGCGCUCACCAAGGUUCCUGAGACUGAAAUACCACAGCCAGAAACACAAAUUCCAAGCGAUCUUUCUCGCCGAAGAUCCAUGAUUAGCAACGCCAGCAUGGCAUCGACGGCCGAAUUGACCAGCGAUGGUGGUCUUACUAGCCCAGCUCGCACAGAUACACCAAGUCCACCACCACCUGGCAUGCUUUAUGGAAGUUUUGCUCCUUACUCUCUGGGCCAGAAAACUGGUGCAUUCGGAACGCGAGAUUCCACUCAUCCACCUGAAAUUAUCAGUGUUUCUCCCAAGGCUCAAGUGGCUGCCGCUCCUAAGAAGCGUUGUAUUACAUUUGCAUGCGGUGGAACCAAAAGUGCAGCCCCCAAGCCAACAAGUUCUCCUGCACCACCUCAACAACAAGUGCCAAGCGCAACAUCGGAAGCACCAAAACCACGCGUUUGCAAGAUUCAGUUCGCCUGCCCUGGACCCAAGGCAACGGAGAAGGUAGCUAAACCGGAGACGGAGAAGAAGGUCGAGCAGAAAUUAGUCGAGUCCUCAAAGAAAUCACACAGUCGGUCGCCAUCGAUGACCAGAAAAUCUUCAUCUCGCCACCUCCAAGAACCUCCAUCUAUCAGCAGACGUCGUUCUCAGAGUCCACUCGCCGUCCGAGUAAAACCAAAGUACAUCAUUGCUGAUGAAAAGACCCUGCGCUCUUCUGAUGCAACCCGAUUCCACGAAUUUGCCAGUGAUGAGCCACAGGAAGAUGAUUGGAUUCUCCAGGAUGUCGAGGUUUCAGCAAAGAAGAUGACCAUCAACGAUACUUUGAAAAAGGAGAACGCUAUUAGAAAGCUAGGAAACGAGGUCGAGGAGGAGGAGUUGGAAGAGGAAGAAGAGAUGGAGGAGGAUGACGAUCAAAUUACCAACUACUCUGAGGAUGAAGAAGAUGAUGAGAAUGACGAUGAAGAGCAGGAGGAGGAUGACGAGGAGGAUGAAGAGGAUGAUGGCGUAUCUGAUGGCAACGAAACCGACAAUGAAGCUGGAUUUGCCGAUUCGGAUGAUGAGAGUGAUGUAGCAGGGGAUUUUGCCUUUUGGACUCCAGGACGAAACAUGACAGUCCCACAAUCUGUAGAAGCCUCAGCUUACCGUGCAUCUGCUCACCGCACUCACCGAGCCGCCUCUGCUUCCUCCAUUGACUCUGUCAGUUAUAUGGAAGCCAUGUCACCUAAGAAAGGAAAGAAAUCACGUCGCCGUGCGAUCAAAAUCCGUCCUGGAACUCCCGAGUUACCCGACAGUACUGAUUUUGUUUGUGGAACACUUGAUGAGGAUAGGCCAAUGGAAAAUGCAUACAUUGCAUGUAUCGAAGCACGCAAAUAUGCCAAGCACAAGCAGACUCCUCAAGAUAUUGAUCCUAGUUUCCCAACAUCGGACCCGGAAGAUGAGGAAGAUGAUGAGGACUUGGUACAAAAUAGUAACAAUAGUGAGGAGGUUUGGAUUCAUGGCAAAUUUGAAGAAUCGGAUCAUGAGGGUAGACAUCGUACGGCUCGCCGCAAGUCUCCGAUGAUAUCUCCCAGAAGAAUGCAUUCCCCUCCACCAGGAAGACGUCUUCACUCACCUCCGCCUCCAAAACAACGUCAUCGAUCCCCACCUCCCCGUAAGCUCUUUGGCCAUUCCCCAAAACCUUUACGAUCACCACCCCCACCUCGUGCUAUUCGUUCACCAAUGGGUACCCCGAAUCAUUCCACCACUGCCGCCAUCAAGUUUGGUGAGUUGGCAACUCGACCUGAACUUACGCAUACCAAGUCACUUCCACGUGCUCCCAAUGCGUUUGGCCGUCAAUACAAAGCUUCUCGUAUGGUGGCUGCUGCAGGAAAUAAUCAAGAUAGUGAUGCGGGCGAUGGGCAUGUACGAGGGGCCAUUGAUAUUGUCAAGGGUCUGGAAAGUAAACGUCUUAGGCGAAAGGAGAAAUUUCUCCAAAAGCACUGCAAGGCACGAAAGGAGCAACCCGAGCGAAAGAUGGCGACGGGAAAAGGGGCUGAACGUAUGCGACAAGUGGGACUCAACAUGGCCGGCAAGACGGUCUUGCCAACGGUUCCUCAUAAUCCAUACAUGAUGUCUGCUUGA